UCAAUCACUUCCACUCUCACAAAUAACAAUGGCUAAAACUCUUCAUAUUACUUUUACCAUUACCAUCAUUCUCCUCUUUUCUUCUUCUUCUAUUCCCUGCACACAAUCCGAAACCACCAGAGUGUAUUACUAUUGGAAUGAGAACAAUGGUGUUGAAGAUCUAAUAGACCAAGUAUGCAAAAGAACACCCUUUUAUGACUUAUGCAUUUCCACACUCCACAACAACCCUCUUCUAAGCCCCAAGAGUGACAUCAAACAAGUAGCACUCAUAAUGGUCAACAACAUUCUGUCAAAUGCAACUGACACACUCAAUUACAUUGAAGCCCUUUUGAAGCACACAAAGGACCCCCCAUUGGAACAAGCUUUGGCUCUUUGUGCUGAGUCAUAUAUCCCUGUUGUGAGGUUCACUCUUCCACAAGCUGCUGUGGCUAUAAGCCAGGGACACUUUGCCUUUGCAAGUUACUGCAUUUCUGAUGCUGUUAAGGAAGUUAAUUCCUGUGAGGGUAGAUUGGUGAAAUCACCUUCUGAUAAGUCACCUUUGGGUGAUAGGAAUGAUGUUGUUCAGAAGCUUGUUGAUGUUGCUAAUGCCAUUAUCAAAUUGCUUUUGAAGGCUUGAUCAUGGGUUCGUUUGUUUUUUUUGUCUCAUACCUCUUAUUACUACUACUACUUAGUACAAGUACUAUUUUGUAGUUUAUUGUUUGUUGAAUAAAAACAAUUUUAGCCUAGGUGGGUUGGUUUAGCUUGCACAAAGUAUGAUUCUUUUUGUAAUUUCACUAAUUUGAA